ACCACCGAUAACCUGCCCCCUAAUCAUCGACCAGAAGCGCCACUGAAAUACCGCGCCUAUCCAACCUACGACUACUCCAAGGCUGAUGCCAAAGCGAAAGAACUCUGCGGUUUCUUUUGGAAAACUGGCGCCUGUCGCUACGGUGACAGGUGCUCCCGAUUCCACCCGCUUCCUCCACUCGACGCCGCCGACCUCAAGGUCCUGGAAGAGCCGAGCGGCGGUCGAGCCUGCCUUGUGCUUGUGCUGGAGAACAUGUUCGUCAAUUUCUCCCUUCAGAGCGGCUAUCGUGGAGGGGGUCAUAAUGGGUGGCGCCAUGCAUUGCGCAUCGACCUGCCACACCCUCUUAACAGCCUCUGUAUAAAAGCGGAGCCACGCCAGAUUUUUGUGGCGAUGUCAACGCAAGAGUCCAAGGCCCAACAACAGCCUCCAGGUCGCCGAGGCAAUUCGGCAGGUCUCCUUAUCUUUGUAGACGAGGCACUCGAGGUUGAUGAAGGCCUGCUUCAGGCGGAUUACCACAAGUUCUACGUGGACGUGCGCUCCGAAAUCGAGGCCCGCUACGGUCGCGUUGUCGGUUUGCGCUGCUGUAGAAACACCGUUGACCACUUGAGAGGCAAUGUGUACGUUCAGUUCGCCGAAGAGUCCGUCACAACAGCGGCUCUGGAGGGCUGCCAAGGACGCUGGUACGCAGGACGCCAGAUCGUUGGCCGACUGGCCUACCUCGGUGGCGGGUGGAAGGCGGCGACGUGUGGUGAGUACACUACUGGCAUUCUUGUAGUGGACACGAUCCUGGUAACUAUGCUCACGACGUCACGUCUCUCUGUAGGCCUUCACUUCCGAGAGAGAUGCCCAAAGGGCAAUUCGGGUUGCAACUUUCUGCAUUUCUUCCUCAACCCUGACGAAACCGGCCCUGACGUCCUGGCAGCACUCCACCAGGGACUUCCAGAACUUCCUCCAGUUCCCUCGCGUUCUCGGAGAAGAGGUUUGGUUUCAGCAACCGGCGGUGUUAACAAUCUGCACCACCUUGUAGACACCAUCGGAGGCGGAGAAGCCGUGACCACGAAGACCGCAGACGUCGACAUCGAUCUUCCAGAAGUAGUUCAAGCGGAAGUCAACGACGACGUCGGCGACGAAGACGAGAGGCUCAUCGGAGGAGGCACAGAAAGGAGUCAUUCUCUUCGUCCAACUCACCACCACCAUCCUCCCAGCAUGUCGAACAUACGCCCAGCUGAACGCGUCCUCAACCAGAAACCGAGUGUCUGGCUAGAAGUGAAUGGCGCCAUCGCCAAACACAAGCCUCUCAACUUGGGCCAGGGUUUCCCCGAUUUCAUAUGCACCAAUCGCGUGCUAAAGAACCUUCGCCGUGCCGCCCGUGACGACGUGUCACCCUUCCUGCACCAGUACACCAGAGCCACCGGACACCUUCGUCUGGUGAAUGCCCUGGCCAAGCUCUUCAACGAACGCUUCCGUCACAACCCAAGUGUGUCUGGUGAAAUCCCGGAGAAUCUGCGAGAGGGCACCUUCGGCCCCAGACGAUCCAUUAAUCCACUGACUGAGAUAAUCACAUCUGUUGGCGGCUACGGCGCCUUGUGGACGAUAUUCUUUGCACUCAUCAACCCCGGCGAUGAGGUUCUCGUGAUUGAGCCCGCUUUCGAUUGCUACGCACCCCAAAUAGAGGCAGCAGGUGGCGUCUACGUGUGUGUUCCACUAAAUCCGCCCAAGAAUGCGGAGGGCCGUGUCGAUAGUAGCGAAUUCACGGUAGACUGGGAGGAGCUCGAGUCGAAAAUCACGAAGAAGACCAAGAUGCUGUUGGUGAACACUCCCAGCAACCCAGUGGGGAAGGUAUUUACCAAAGAGGAGAUCAAGAAAGUCGCCGACAUCUGCAUUCGCCACAACCUCAUCUGCUUAGCUGACGAAGUCUACGAGUGGCUCGUGUUUCCACCUCACAAACACUACAAGAUUGCCUCUUUCCCUGGCAUGUGGGAACGCACGAUAACCAUCGGCAGUGCCGGAAAGGCGUUCGGUGUGACGGGUUGGAAGAUCGGGUGGACGAUUGGACCGGAGCCAUUCAUCAAUGCGAUGCAGCUGAUUCAGCAGAACACCAUCUACACGGUGUGCACGCCUCUUCAGGAGGCCCUCGCCCAGACCAUUGAGGAGAUCCUUCCCGACGUGAACACCAAGGACUGCUUCUUCCGCAAACUGUCUCUUGAGCUGGCAGGGAAGCGAGACCGCAUUGCGAACGCCCUCACGUCAGUCGGAAUGUGUCCAAUCAUCCCACAGGCCGGCUUCUUCAUGCUUGCCAACAUCUCGAAUGUCAAGGGACCGAAGAGAGAGAAGGACGACAAGCGGCCCUACGACGUCGUGUUCAACGAAUGGAUGAUGAUCAACAAGGGCAUCGCCGGCGUCCCACCGACUGCCUUCUUGUGCAAUAAGCAUAGAUCCCUAGGAGAGGACUACCUUCGUUUCUGCAUCAUCAAAGACGACUCCACAAUCGACAAAGUGGAGGAGUGCCUCAAGAAGUGGUGA